AUACGGCGCGUCGCCUUUGCAGCAGAGCCAUUCCCUCACGAAAACAGAGAGGGAGAGAGAGGCCGGCUUUUUUUGAACGGCCCAUAGAGAGGAGGAGAGAGAUCGUGGGGAGAGGCGAAGAGCUUCGUCUGUUCAGGUCGUGGAACGAUGGGUGCAGGUGGCAAUAUGUCUGUUCGCCCGGCGGUGAAGAAGUCAGAAACCAAGCUUCACAACCGAGUUCCUUCUUCAAAACCUCCAUUCACGCUGGGUGAGCUCAAGAAAGCCAUCCCGCCUCAUUGUUUCCAGCGAUCUGUUCUUCGCUCAUUUUCGUACGUGGUCUUUGAUUUAACCAUGGCCUACAUCUUGUUCUACAUUGCUACCACGUAUUUCCAUCUCCUUCCCUCCCCUUACUCGUACCUAGCUUGGCCCAUCUAUGGGUUCUUGCAAGGCUGCAUUCUGACCGGUGUCUGGGUCAUAGCCCAUGAAUGUGGCCACCACGCCUUCAGCAAUUACCAAUGGUUGGAUGACCUGGUUGGCCUCGUUCUGCACUCAUGCCUCCUCGUUCCUUACUUUUCUUGGAAAUAUAGUCAUCGGCGCCACCAUUCCAAUACAGGCUCCCUUGAGCGCGAUGAAGUUUUCGUUCCGAAGCAGAAGUCCCAGAUCCCAUGGUUCUCAAAGUACCUAAACAACCCACCAGGCCGAGUGAUGACCCUCACCAUCACACUCACCCUUGGUUGGCCCUUGUACUUGUUGUUUAAUGUUUCCGGUAGGCCUUAUAAUCGAUUUGCCUGUCACUAUGAUCCCUACGGGCCCAUCUACACUGAUCGUGAGCGGCUGCAGAUUUACAUAGCUGAUGCUGGUGUUCUCGCGGUCUUUUAUGGGCUUUACCAUCUUGCUGCAGCCAAAGGACUUGCAUGGGUUCUGUGCGUCUAUGGAGGACCCUUGCUUGUCGUGAACGCGUUUCUAGUGUUGAUCACUUAUUUGCAGCAUACUCAUGCAUCACUACCUCAUUACGAUUCUUCCGAGUGGGAUUGGCUCAGAGGAGCUUUAGCAACUGUUGAUCGGGACUAUGGCAUCUUGAACAAGGUCCUCCACAAUAUUACAGACACUCACGUAGCGCAUCACUUGUUCUCUACAAUGCCUCACUACCACGCAAUGGAGGCCACCAAGGCGAUAAAGCCGAUUUUGGGAGAUUAUUAUCAGUUUGACAGGACUCCAGUUUACAAGGCGGCGUGGAGGGAGGCUAAGGAGUGUAUUUAUGUUGCGCCCGAUGAAGGCGACCAGAACAAAGGCGUAUUCUGGUACAGGAACCAAUUAUGAUGACAAUCAAGAGCUCGGUUUCAGGAUCUGCAGUUCGGUAAUCGCUUCCCUCCUCCGCACUCUAGAUUUGUAUUCUGGUAAUUUUGGAUGUGGCGCUUCCAUUUGGAAUUCGACUUUUAGUUCUGCUUCGCUUCAAUAAUUUUGUUGACCCCCCCAAAAACCCAAUUCAUUCGAGAAGGAAAUUGCUUAAGCAGUCAAGGUUAACUUUUAGAGUCUUCCUAGUCUCUUUCUUUUUGACAAAAUUCUGAAUGCUGUUGUGGUGGAAUCACAUGUUUGAAUGAUGAUGGGGAACUAAUUUCGUGUGCCA